UUCUGCGCCAAACGUCACACUGGGCUCCGAUGGGCGGGCAUCCGGCCAACUGACCGCUGGACCGGAAACGCCGUCUUAUUUCACAAAAUUUAUGGCAGAUUUAUUGAAAUUGUUUCACAAAAACGCCACUGUUUUGGAAGAGAGGGGAUCUUUUAUAAUACGUCAGCUCUGCCUUCUCAUGACCGCCGAAGACAUAUACAGAUCGCUGUCAGAGAUAUUACUCGAUUACGAAGACUUACGUUUUGCGUACACUAUUGUGCAGACGUUGAACACAAUUAUGUUGACAUCGAGCGAACUCUUCGAUCUCAGGAAUCAAUUGAAAAAUUUGAAGACAGACGAGAGCUGUUCCCUAUUCUGUUGUCUAUACAGAACGUGGUGUCACUCACCGGUGGCCACAGUCUCGCUAUGUUUCUUAACCAAAAACUACAAACACGCCUGUGAUCUGCUUAUGCUCUUCGGUGACCUCAAUCUGACCCUUGAAUUCCUCACAGAAGUGGACCAAAUGGUUCAACUGUUGGAAUCACCCAUAUUUGCCUAUUUGAGACUCGAAUUACUAGACGUUGAGAAUAAUUGUGAUUUAAUAAAAAGUUUAUACGGACUGCUCAUGAUAUUGCCUCAAAGCGAAGCGUUUCAUUUGUUACGCAAACGACUACAAUGUUUGCCAAACUUAAGUCUCUAUUCGUCGUCCGAUUCAAAAAAGUAU